GAGAGAGAGAACCCAAUUUUCCCACACAAGUACGCAACGCAACAAGUCAUCGUAUGGAGUUAGAUCUGUAUUUAUGAGGAAUUGAACUUGUAUGGUUGAGGGGUCUUUUUGAGAAUUGGAUGAGUAAGGUGGUUGUGGUUGGUGGGCUGUAUAGUAUAGGCUUUGCCAAAGAGAAUUUGGAGAGAACGGGAAGGGAUUGUGGGUUGGUGAUUCGGAGUUGGUGUAGGUGGGGCAAAUGCGGCUGAUUUUGUGAUUCGCUACCAAAUUUGUUUGAGUUUUGAAUUUUCAGUGAAUUUUUGUUUUUUUUUAUCUGAUCCGAAGAAAGAUCAAGAAACGAAGACGGAGUUUGUGGCGGUGUUGGAUUAGGAGGUUGUUGAAUCAUGCAGCAAGAUCAGCGUAAAAAGAGUCUAAAAGAGAUGGACUUCUUCACUGAAUAUGGGGAUGCCAAUAGAUACAAAAUUCUGGAAAUUAUUGGAAAGGGAAGUUAUGGAGUUGUUUGUGCUGCCAUUGACACACAUACUGGUGAAAAGGUGGCAAUAAAGAAAAUAAAUGACAUUUUUGAGCACAUCUCUGAUGCUGUUCGAAUUUUGCGUGAGAUCAAGUUGCUCAGGCUUUUACGGCAUCCAGAUAUUGUUGAAAUCAAGCGUAUCAUGCUGCCACCAUCAAGGCAGGACUUUAAAGACAUUUAUGUUGUUUUUGAGCUCAUGGAGUCCGACCUUCAUCAAGUCAUCAAAGCUAAUGAUGACUUGACACAUGAUCAUCAUCGUUUUUUCCUCUAUCAGAUGCUACGUGCAUUAAAAUAUAUGCAUACAGCAAAUGUUUAUCAUCGAGAUCUUAAACCGAAGAAUAUUUUAGCAAAUGCAAAUUGCAAACUCAAAAUAUGUGAUUUCGGUCUUGCAAGAGUUGCAUUUAGUGACACUCCAACAACAAUAUUUUGGACGGACUAUGUUGCUACAAGAUGGUAUAGGGCUCCUGAGCUGUGUGGAUCAUUCUUCUCUAAGUAUACUCCUGCUAUUGAUAUCUGGAGUAUUGGCUGCAUUUUUGCGGAGGUAUUGACAGGAAAGCCGUUGUUUCCUGGUAAAAGUGUUGUCCAUCAGUUAGAAUUGAUCACAGAUCUUCUUGGGACACCCUCAGCAGAUACUAUUUCUGGAGUUCGAAAUGAGAAGGCUAGGAAAUACUUGAUAGAUAUGCGGAGAAAACAUCCUGUUCGUUUUACAGAGAAAUUUCCUAAUUCAGAUCCUUUAGGACUUCGACUAUUACAAAGGCUGUUAGCAUUUGAUCCGAAGGAUCGGCCAACUGCUGAAGAGGCGCUGGCAGAUCCUUACUUCAAGGGCCUGGCCAAGGUCGAAAGGGAACCUUCUUGUCUGCCAAUUUCAAAGUUAGAGUUUGAAUUUGAGAGGCGGCGAGUGACAAGGGAGGACAUUAGGGAACUAAUAUUUCGUGAGGUACUAGAAUACCAUCCUCAAUUGCUCAAAGACUACAUGUCGGGAAAUGAAGGCGCAAAUUUUCUUUAUCCCAGUGCUAUUGGUCAAUUCAGAAAGCAAUUUGCAUAUCUCGAGGAAAAUGGUGGUAAAAGCGGGCCAGUUAUACCGCCAGAGAGAAAGCAUGUCUCCCUCCCUCGGUCUACAGUAAACUCUAGUACAAUCCCUCCCAGAGCACAUCCAAAUAUAGGGUCAUUUGGUAAUCAGCAAAUUACAGAAGGGGUUUGUAAUAACACUAGAGUUACAGAUGCAAUUUCUGGAAAUUCACUGAAGCCUUCGCAGCCUCCACCUAGGGUGCCUGCAGCCAAACCAGGAAGAGUUGUUGGGCCUGUUCUACCAUACGAGAGUGGCAGAAAUAUCAGUAAUACCUAUGAUGCGAGGGUAGCAGUCCGGAACACAGUUCCACCUCAGGCCAUCUCCCCGAAUUAUUUUUUAAGAACUAACGCCGUGAAUCAAAAAAAGCCUGGGGCAGAAGCGGAGAGGGAUUCUGCACAAAUCAAACAGCCCCCACAAUGCAACUUAGCCAAACAGGCGACUGGCAUGACUAUUGACAAUAACAGUAACAAUCGUUACCAACCAUCGAGGAAAGCAGGUCAAUUUAAUGAUCAGAUCAUGAUCGAUGCAAAAUUAGUGCAGGCGCAGUCUCAGUUUGGUGCAAUUAGUGCUGCAGCUGUUGCUGUUGCUGCUCACAGAGAGGUUGGAUCUGUUCGGUUUGGAUUGUCUUAGAGGUUGGAUCUGUUCGGUUUGAAUUCAGCAUUACGAUCUGCAAAUUAGAGAGCGAGGAGGGGUGAUUGGAGUCUCUUCUCUGGGAGGCAGGUCUGUCUUGUUUCAGUCCGCUCUUAUUAGUUACAAAUUGUUCCUUGUAAAAUUAUAUGAAUAGCAUCAUUGAAUUAUAAAUGAGACAUAAUUGCUUUUCAACCUUUUAUUUUUUAUUUUUUUUCUUUCAUAGUUAACCUUUUAUUUA